GAUCAUUACAAAUGGUUGAACUGUAAUAAUGAUUUCGAGCGGAAGCAAAACAUUUUAAACUUACAAUUUUUGAUAGGAAUAUCACUACUGUGGUAUUAGCAAAGCAUGUGUUAUGCUAUUAAGUUGCACUGAAAUAUUUAUAAGGAGCAUGUGAUAGAGGAACAAGCAUAUAUACAGGAAUAUUGGUUCUGAUUGUUCAGACAUCAGCCAUACCCAACUACCUGAGUAUCAAGACGGUGUCAAUAUGAAAGAUUUACUUGCCCUGAAAGACAAAAUUAUGAACGACAGCGUGCUGGUUGAAGAGGAGCCGGUGCGAAAUGGCAUCAAGAACAUAGAGCUUAGGGACCUUAAAAAGCUUGGCUAUGAGAAGGUACCUAAUGGAGAUAUAGGGGACCAGUUACUGCUACAGCGGCAAGGGUCCCAAAACUCGUCCAUGUCGAGUGAUUCGGGAAGUUCGGGGGAGCCCAAAGUGGACAUGGAGUUGAUGCAGAUGAAGAAAAGAGUCGGACUACUUUCUGGUGUGGCUCUCAUAGUUGGAACCAUGAUAGGUUCUGGUAUAUUUAUUUCCCCGAAAGGUGUACUGCAGAGCAGUGGUUCUGUAGGUCUAAGCCUGAUCGUAUGGUGUUUAUGUGGUGUACUGGCUCUUCUGGGUGCAUUAUCAUAUGCCGAGCUUGGAACCAUGAUCACGAAGUCCGGAGCAGAGUAUGCAUACCUACAAGAAGCAUUUAGUCCCCUGCAUCGUGUACUUGGACCUAUACCGUCAUUUCUGUUCGCUUGGACAUCGGUGCUUAUCCUUAAACCAGCAUUGUUUGGCGUGACUUCAAUGAGUUUUGCAGUGUAUGUGGUGGAGCCGUUCUGGGGACAGUGCGGGUCAACGGAUAUGAUAGUGAAAAUUGUAGCAGUUCUUUGCCUAUUUUUAAUAACAUUCAUCAAUGCAUACAGUGUAUCCCUAGCAACCAAGGUGCAGAACUUCUUCACGGUUAUGAAAUUACUUGCUAUAGCCAUUAUUAUUGGAGGUGGUGCUUACAUGCUUUCACAAGGUUAUACUGAGCACCUGAAUACAGGAUUUGAAGAAACCACAGACUCUGUUUCUAUGGUAGCCCUUGCAUUUUAUGACGGACUUUGGGCCUAUGAUGGCUGGAACAAUUUGAACUAUGUUACUGAAGAAAUACGACAGCCAUAUAAAAAUUUACCUCGAGCAAUUAUGAUUGGUAUACCCCUAGUGACAGUAUGUUAUAUCCUCAUCAAUAUAUCAUACUUCACAGUUCUAUCAAAACAGGACAUCCUCAUUUCUACUGCUGUAGCCUCAACCUGGGGAGAGUUUGUGCUAGGAGCAGCAGCUAUAAUUAUACCUAUAUCAGUAAUUAUGUCAGCUUUUGGUGGUGCUAACGGUACCUGCUUUACAGGUGGAAGAGUAAUGUAUGUAGCAGCCAGGGAGGGGCAUUUGCCUGAAGUGUUCUCAUAUAUCCAUGUUAAACAAUAUACUCCUUUACCCUCACUUGUCGUGUCUGUAAUUUUGGCGGCAGCCAUGGUGCUAUUUGGAGAAAUAUUUGCUUUGAUAGAUUUCUUUAGUUUUACUGCCUGGUUUUUCUAUGGCCUGACAAUGUUGUCAUUGAUUGUUCUACGAUGUACACAAAAAGAAAGGAAAAGACCAUAUAAGGUUCCUCUAGCUGUACCUAUAUUGGUAUUUCUGUGCUCAGUGUAUCUGGUGGUAGCUCCAAUCAUUCAAGAUCCACGAAUAGAAUUCUUAUAUGCCUUCUUAUUCUCAGUUAGUGGACUUGUGUUCUAUAUUCCUUUUGUGGUAUACAAAAAACGGUUGCCUGGUAUGGAUAAAGUUACUUACUUCUUGCAAGUUGUGUUAAUGGUUGCGCCAAGCAAGUUUGUACCUGCCGAAUGAUAAAAAGCCUCGUCAUCUUAGACAUUUAUAUUCUGAUAAUGAAGACGAGAUCUCAAAGCUAAAAAUCAUAUAGUUCAGCAUUUCCCCACCAAGAAAUGGCAGCAGACAUUUCAGGGAGGAAACUUGCUGCGCAGGUCAGGUGAAAUCAGCGGUCAACCUAUUCCAAAGAGAGAGAGUUAGAUCACCAGAAUUAAACCAGUGUAUUUGCCACAUGUAUAAUAAUUGUUUUUUAUUUGACUGCUGACUCUUGAAUUGAUGUCAGGUUACCAUAUUUAUUGAUAUAUUUCAUUGCCAUUCUAUUGUUGUUAAGUUUUAUAGGCUGUUUUUCUUUUAUAAUUUUGUUUAUUUUUCUUUUUUCACUGAUAGAAAAUUCUAUGCAUUCUAUUCAUGUAUGUCAAAAAUGCCAUUGAUCAUCAGAAACAUGACGUCAGUACUUUGAACUGAUGUAUGUUACACAGAAAUCAUAUACUUUGUAUAAGAUUGGGUUUAAAAGAUGACAGGGUUCUGCUACUUUUAUCUGUACAGUACAAACUCUGUAGAGCAACACCCUUUUGGAGAUACAAAUAUUGACUUUUAUGUAGAGGUUGUUGUUCUGGAGAGGUAAAUUUGAUAGUAUAUUUCAGCUUAGGAAAAUUUUGAUGAUGUUGUUAUAAGAGAGGUUUUUGCUUAAGAGAGGGCCGCUCUGGAGAGGUUGUACUGUAUAUGUACACACAAGAGAUAUGAAAUUUUUUUGUAUGUAUAUUAUGUAUCAGUCAUUACCUGGUUUACAGGUUAUUUUGGUUAUAUUGUGCUAAUAGUGACCUGCUUGUCACUAGAAGUCAUAUUUCCUAGUCAUAUCUUUAAGUAUAUUUGGCAGUCAUAUCUCAUAUUUCCCAGUCAUUUCUCAAAUCAUAUUUUCAAGUCAUGUAUCAGUCUACAUUUUCAGUCGUUUUGCAAUAAGAUUUUCCAGAUAUAUCUCCAGUAAGAUUUUUCCAGAUAUUUCAUCCAUUAUUCCAGUCAUUUCAAGUGGUAUCACAUACAACAUACCUAUUAUUUUCCAAUAAGAUUUAACAAUUUUUUUUGCUAAGUCGCAUUUGGAACCAUAUUUCUAGUUAUUCUAAGUAAUAUUUUCCAGUUACAUGUCAGUCCAUAUUUCCAGUCAUAUUAACCAGUUACAUCUCAAUUCAUAUUUCCAGUCAUUUUUCCAGUUAUAUUUUCCAGUUACAUCUCAAUUCAUAUUUCCAGUUGUAUUUUAAAGUUAUAUUGGAGUACAUAUUUCCAGUCAUAUUUUAUUUUCAUGUCCUAUGAGACGUCAUAUUUACAGGCAUAUCUUAAUUUGUAUAUCAUAUGUUUGCGGAAUAAAUGUUCAAGUGAGAUGUAAAAUAAACCUGUUGUUGCGGUGUGUGAUGGGCGUUAUUGGUGCUAGAGUUUGUGCACCAUAAUCUAAUGUCAUUUAGGUGUGAUGCUUUUCUAGGUUGCCAUUAAAGAUAUUUAUUCUGUGAUAUUCAUUUUAGUGAUGCUAAAUAAGCAUUAUUCAGUUCAAAGAAAAACUGGAGUCGUAAUGUUAAGAAAGAGCGUAUUUUGUACAAUGAUAACACGAGGCGAUCAUAUAGUGUGCAGGUAUGAGAAUUAAUCAUAAGAGGUGAACCGGUAGUAAUUAUGUGUACAUAUUUGUAGACUAGUGAACUUUUUCAUAAUGUUCUGGUCAUAAAGUGUGUUUGUAUAUGUGUUUCAUAAACAGGGACUAGUGCUCGGUUAACUUGGAAUCACUUGCCACUAAGAGUUCAAUUACAGCCCAUGUCCUCUUGCAAGGAAGCCAUCAAGAUGGCUUGUGGAGGCCUGGUGGUUCUACCCAGGUGACAACAAUGCCUGGAGGGGCACCUACAGUCUUCAUCAACAAGUUAAAGCUGGACAGUGACCGUCUGACCUGAACUGUACCGGUGUGAUGUAAAACCAUAAAAUAAACAAAAAUGACAGUUGUAUAUUAUACAUGUUGUAUGUUUGUACAAGAUUUUCUUCUGUGCAAUCAAUAUGAUUUAUCAUUUGAGAAAUUGAUUUGUUUUCUCAUAUGUAUGUACAUAUGCAUUCACAUGGUGAUGAUUGAUUGAAAAUAUAUGUAAAUAUUGAUAAAUGUUGUUGUACAGGUAUAUAUCUGUGAUACCUAAAAUGUGCCGGUGUAAAAGAACAUUAGCAGUGCCAAUCAUAAACAGUGCUGUAUAAAUGUCUUUCAUUUGAUUUCCGUGUAUGUUGAUAUCCUCAGCAUUUCUUUAUUUUGUUCAUACUUCAUUUCAUAAUAAAAUCACAAGUUAAUUAUACUAGUAUGUUUUCCCUGAUCAUGCUAAUAUUGCUGCUCUUACAGGAAAAAUAAUUGUAUAUGUGAACUUUCUCUGUAUAUAUGUAUAGUUUGGUAUAUUGAUAUUGCCAUGGAAACAGUUUAUUCACCACAUGUAGAACUCGGUGAUUUCCUUAUAAAGGCUUUGAUGUUUAAUACAUGCUGUAUUUAUUAAGAUAAUGAUAGUUUUAUAUCUAGUUCUCAAUCCUUUUAUACAUUCCUAAUGACAGGGGAAGCUUUACUUUAUCUCUUUAGUACAAUAAAAGAACAUUGUAUUGAUGCCAAGCCCAAGUAUGUGAUCAAGCGAUAAUAGUUUUACCUGGAGCUACAUUUGGUACAUAUAAAUAUUCAGUACAUUAGAGGCAGAUUCUUCUGUUCUCGGUUACUUAUUUACACAGGUUUACUGAAGUGACCUGUAAUUUACAGAUUUGCAGAGACGAGAUGUAAUUUACAUAAAUUUACUGAGAUGACGGGUAAUAACACAAAUUUACUGAGAUGACAUGUAAUAACACAGCAAAUCUGAGUUUUAUUUACACAAAUUCUCUGAACUGACAUGAUUAACCAAGGUGACAUGUAAUUUACACAAAUUUACUGAGAUGACAUGUUAUAACACAAAUUUACUGGGAUGACAUGUAAUUACACAGAAAAUCUGAGUUUUAUUUACAUAAAUUCUCUGAAUUGACAUGAUUUACCAAGGUGACAUGUAAUUUACACAAAUAAACCCAGAUGACAAUCAUGUUAUUUACAUAGAUAUUAAUCAAUAUUAAAUGGGAUGACAUGUAAUUUUCAAAGGUUUACCAAGUUGAACUGUAAUUUAUACAAAGUUGCAGAGAUGACAAGUAAUUUACACAAAUUUACUGAGAUAACAUGUAGUAACACAAAUUUAGAGAUGACAUGUAAUUUACUGAGAUGACAUGUAAUUACACAGUUUUGCAGAGAUGACAUGUAAUUACGCAAAUAAACCCAGAUGACAAUCAUGUUAUUUACAUAGAUUAAAUGAGAUGACAUGUAAUUUUCAAAGAUUUACCAAGUUGAAUUGUAAUUUAUACAAAGUUGCUGAGAUGACAUGUAAUUUACACAAAUUUACUAAGAUGACCUGUAUUAACACAAAUUUACUGAGACAACUUGUAUUUACACAAAUUUACUGAGAUGAUACGUAAAUUAAAUGGACUGACUGAGAUGCCAUGUAAUUUGCAUAGAUUCACUGAGAUGACAUACAUAUUGUUUACACAUAUUAACUGAGGAGAUGUGAAAGGUACCAGUAUGCAUGCGCUGUGAAAUGAAUCAUCUGACUUUUCUGUUGUCACUUGCCAAAUAAAUAGCAUUAAAAAGGUCUUUUUGGUGCUAAAAAUAAAACCAUAUACCAAUAUGUUGAUCUUGGAUAAAUAUGGGAAUGAAAUAAUAUAUUAUGCCAAGUCAGAAUGUAAUGUUUUUCAAGAGAUGACAGAAUAUUUUACAAUAUCGGAUGAUUUCCCUUUCUGGAGUGUAACCAUUAAGAUUGUGAAACUUGCAGUUGUAAAACUGAUUGUUAAAUGUGAUACCAUUGAUUGGUCAAGCAAAUGGCUGUAAUUUCAGAUAUAUACCAGAAAUUAUUACAUGUUUUAUCUUUAGAAUUCAUUUUCAUGGUUUUAUCAUGUCUAUAAAUCCUAAAGCAAUGAUGAAAUUCACUACGAAAUGAAACCAAUCAGUUCAUGUCCCCAUGAUACAUCUGUUUGGGACUAUAAACCAAAACUGUAUCAUUGCAACGAAAUGGUAUCACAAUCUGAGCCUACUUUAUAUUAAUGAGCUUUUGAAUGUAUCAGCGGCUUACUUUAAAAUAUAACUUCCUACAAACCAGUGACAAGAUUGCUACCAUAUUUAUCCAAGAUCAUUCAUGUUUUGACUGGUAAUCAAAACGAUGGCUUUAAAUUGUGAAUAUGUUUAUAUAUGUGUGAAUCAUUGAAUCAUCUUAUUUACGCCAUGUAUAUUUGCUAACAGUAUUCAGUUCAUACAGUGUACAGUUUUAUUUAUUUGCAUAUGAAUGUAAGUCUGUUUAUUUUCUUCACAGUCUUUGUGUUUGACAAUUUGUUGCUGUUUUUAGCUCACUGGAGCACAGUGUGCUCUUGGUGAGCUAUUAAAUUGUGGUCACUCACUGUCGGUCUGUAACUAUUUUCUUGAAGCAACAUCUCUAAAAGAACCGUGUUGUGGAAGUUGAUGAAACUUACCCAAGAUGUUGCUUGGAUGGUCCUCUUUCAAGGGCUGCCAAAGGGAAAAAUAGAAAAUAUUGAAAUGUCUUCUAAACUGCAGAUGCAAUGUCUUAAAAAAAAAAAAUUACAGCUAUGUUCUUUUGGUGACCUGCUACCAAGAUUAUCCAUUUUUAAAUAUAUAUAUGUAAUGAAACUUCAGAAAAUCUAGUCAGAAACUGCUUGCCUGAUUUUAAAAUAGUUUUACAGAACUGUUCCUUGGAAGAUAUUUUUAAGAAGUUUGUUUAAAUAAUUCUGAUACAUCGUAAGACAGCCUUCAGAGCUAAAAACAGAACAAUCUUCAGAUGCUAUCCCCUAAACCAGUCGUGUUCCUUGGGGUGCUAAAAUUGUUAUAAAGCAUCUCAAUUUGUCAACAAAAUAGUGACAACUGUGGGCGGGACUAGUGUGUGGCUUUCAAACUGUGGGCGGGACUAGUGUGUGGCUUUCUUGUUUCUUGUUAACUUACUUGACUCUGGUGAGCGUUACAGUGCCAUCAUGGCCUUCAUGUUAAUUCUGUUGUCACAAGUAAUUUUCCACAUUUGCUUGUUUUAAAUAGAAAAAAUAAAAUUGUUUCAUAUUGAA